AUGAGCCAUGAGACGAAGAAGAAGACGAACAACUUCUUACAUCAUCAAUACAGAAAUAAUUUACAAUCGGCUAUGCCUUUUCAGAUCACACCACAUAAUGAACCGUGGUGCUUCGCCUUCAACUUCAUCAGCAUCUUUGUGAUGCGCAUUAAAAGAAUAAAUUUCUUCCCAAUCAACAGCACAUUACUUGAGAAUGUUUCGCAAAUUAAUUAG